CUGAGGACCAGCACUCGAAAUUAUAGGCUUACUGAGAGACAAUGUGUCCUAGUGAACAUUUCAGUACAACCACGAUUUAGCGCUAACAUUUUAUUGUUUCCACUUUAAAUUUAAAAUUUCUGAGAUAUUAGUAAAGUUUGCAUUCGUAAAGUCACGCAGAUGCGCCCGAUUCGGUAUUAUUGAAAAGUUGUGAUUGGAUCGUGGCUAACUUCUUCUUCCAUGUAACUUCUGCCAGCAAUCCAUCGAUUAAGGUGUUUUGAUUAAGGUUUGACCUGCAUUGCUUUUAUCACACGUUGUCACGAUCACAGCUGAGGUAAAGUGUGGCAGUGCUGGAGUGACCCAUGAUGUACUAGAGACGUGGUCCCAGAAGAAUAGUCCUGGCGUUCCAGAAUGUCUCUCCUCUGUUCCCAUCUGCCGUUGCCAUGGUUACUGCUAGUCCUCCUCAUGCUCCUCUCCUCCGGGAUUCAAUCCAGGCCAGUCUCCCCUGAAGAAGAAGCAAACAUUUUCUAGGUGUGUGUGUGUGAGUCCCUACCUUUGUCUUUUAGCUGACAGUGUGACAUCAUCUGAAGAUAAGGAUGAAGACAUAGAUGAGUCUUCCUCAGAGGAAUCCAUGCCAUCCAAUGAGAUAUCAACCAGCAUUGAAAAUACUGCACUAGCCGGGGCCCCACAGUGGCUCAGGAAGAUGCAGAAGCGCCACAGCACCGUCCCUGCCAACGGCACCGCCCGGUUCAGGUGUCGGGCCACGGGGAACCCCAGACCCACAAUGCACUGGUACCGGGAUGGGCAGGACCUGGCUCGAGACCAAAGAGCUGCAGGAUUUAAGGUGUUGGAGGAGUCGUGGUCGCUGACCCUGGAGUCUGUGGGUCCGUCCGACGGAGGCAGCUACACCUGUGUGGUGAAGAACGAGUACGGCAGUCUGAACCACACCUACGUGCUGGACAUAAUCGCACCAAAUGCAAUCCUUCCCAUGCCAUUGGCGGUUCUCCCGUCCAAUCAGACGGCGGUCGUCGGUAGCGACGUGAGGUUUAUCUGCAGGGUGUCCGGGAACCCCCGCCCAGACGUCCUGUGGUUCAAACACAUCGCCGGGACCGGCAGCACGGAGGGCCUGGAGGGCAUCCCUUAUGUCCGCGUGCUGAAGACGGGCUCGCUGGUGGGGGACGCCGAGGUGCUGCUGCUGAGGAACGUGAGUGAGGACGACGCGGGCCCCUACACCUGUAUGGCCGGGGCCGCCAGCCACUCCGCCUGGCUGGCCGUCGCUGCCCAUCCCGCCCCCUCCCCCUCUAUUCCCCUGUCCUCAUUGGACAUCAUCCUCUAUUGCUCCGCCUUCUUCGUCAUCGUCACCCUGGCGGCCAUAGCAACCGUCUGCCACUUGUACUGCGCUCCGAGGAAGAAGGCGGUUGCCGACAUUCACCCGGCGUUCCUGGGCUUGGACAAGAGUCUGCACCUGGCCAAACAGGUGUCCCUGGACUCGACUUCCUCCCAGCUCGGUCUGACCCAUCGCUCUCUCGGGACCGUCCCGUCUCUCCCCUACCUGAACAAGGGGUCGGAGCCCCAGUUCUCCUACGACUCGGCUUGGGAGCUCCAUCGAGACAGGCUGACCCUGGGUAAAGGCCUUGGCGAGGGCUGCUUUGGGCAGGUGGUGCUGGCGGAGGUGGUGGGCCUGGAGAAGAGCCGUCCCACACGCGUCACCAAGGUGGCGGUGAAGAUGCUCAAAGCGGACGGGACAGAGAGGGACCUGUGUGACCUGGCCUCCGAGAUGGAGAUGAUGAAGAUGAUCGGCAGACACAAGAACAUCAUCAACUUGCUGGGAGCCUGCACCCAGGAGGGUCCUCUGUACGUGGUGGUGGAGUACGCGUCCCGGGGGAACCUCCGGGACUACCUGCGCUCCCGCCGGCCCGAGGGCCAGGAGUACUGCAGCGGGCCCUGGAAGGUGGCCCUGGGCGGGGUGGGGGUCUCGGAGCUGGUCUCCGGGGCCUACCAGGUGGCCCGGGGCAUGGCCUACCUGGCCUCCAAGAAGUGUAUUCACAGAGACCUGGCGGCACGCAACGUGCUGGUCACAGAAGACGAGGUGAUGAAGAUCGCUGACUUCGGCCUGGCUAGAGACGUGCACCACAUCGACUACUACAAGAAGACCACCAACGGACGAUUGCCUGUGAAGUGGAUGGCGCCAGAGGCUCUGUUUGACCGUGUAUACACACACCAGAGUGACGUCUGGUCCUUCGGGGUGCUGCUGUGGGAGAUGUUCACCCUGGGGGGCUCCCCCUACCCGGGGGUCCCCGUGGAGGAGCUCUUCAAGCUGCUGAGGGAGGGCCACCGCAUGGAGAGACCCUCCUCCUGCACCGCGGAGCUGUAUGGUCUGAUGACAGCCUGCUGGCGUUCUGGUCCAUCCCAGAGACCCACCUUCCACCAGCUGGUUCUGGACCUGGACCACACACUGUCCCAGAUCACCAACAAGGAGUACCUGGAUCUGUCGGCUACUGGGGUUCAGUGUUCUCCGGCGACGCCCGAUCACGGCAGCUCCUCCUGGGCUUGAGUUCAGCACAUCCUCCCCCCUCUUCCUCCUCCUUGAACACAGAGCUCCAUACGCCCUCUAGUGGUGGUGUUGAGGAACUUGUAGCUCGAUGUGUGAAGGAACUAGUAGCUGCUUCAGAAGUCAGUGGUGAUGAUGGAGGUCAGGGGGGGGGGGGGGGGGGGGGUGAUGGAGCAGCUGGUUCUGAGUGGAUCCUCUCCCUUCCACCUUCUGGUCCAAGCCGGGUUCUGGUGGAGCAUCCAUGGAGUGGUUCCCUAACCUUUAAAGGGCCGGCGCCCCAAUUUUUCUGAAUGAAAUCCUACGACCCCAAGUCUCUCUUAUGUUUGUUAAUCUGCUUCCCCAACACAUUGUUUCAACCCUAUGAAUUUCUGGGAACUUUUAUGCAUUUAAGUGAUUGUUGCUAGCCUUUAUCAAUCAUGAAGCAGUCUGUUGUGACACCUUUAUGGGACCUUUCAAACCUUUAAAAUAAUUGUUUUAUUAUCAAAAAUCAAACAUCACUUAUUGCCUUUUAGAACAGCUUAUGAGUCUCCCACAACCCCAUUUGCAGAGAGAGAGAGAGAGAGAGAGAGAGAGAGAGAGAGAGAGAGAGAGAGAGAGAGAGAGAGAGAGAGACCUUCACGUGCUGCCUGACCUAUUAUAGGAAGGUGUGCUUAUCUGCUUAUCAUAAUCAAUAUCUGUUCUGAGUAUCAGUAUUAACCUUUAAGUAAUUUAGCAGAUGCUCUUUUCCAAAGCCGGUUGCAGAGCUUGUUGUUACGUAGAUACUUGUCAACAGGGAGUAGGUAGGGGACCGGUUAAUGCAUCUUGAUCAAGGAUAUGCUUUAGAAGUUGCGCACAACAGGGUUUGAACCCAGAUUAUUCCACUCCAACCACAGCGGUGGUUAUACUGUCCUCCUAAUUACAUUUUGUACAUAAUGAAGUUCAUGAACAAGAGACCAGUAUUUGCAUCGCUCUAUUGCACAGAUAAUGCUUUGUAGGUAAAAGUGUAUUAAUAAAACCUUAAAAAAAUCAGGUGAGUUAUUUG